UGAUUUUUCAUAUAGAGAAAAGCAGAAACUUUUGCACAUUCGAUUCUGUUGUAGCGGUGCAUAGACGUGCAGACACAGCAAAAACUGCAGUGCGUCAAAAGAAAAGUUAUUUCUAAUCUUUGACUUUCGACGACUGUGCGGACAAAGGAUUUUUCAUUUGCUUCCUUAAAAGCCGGCAAUAAAACAACAGCGUUCACAGUGCAAGCGAUCAAAUAAUACGAAAUCUCGUCGAAAUUUCAAAUAUCGGUACGUUGAAAGUGUGUGUAGAUAUUGAAGAUGGGAAAGGAGAAGACUCAUAUUAAUAUUGUCGUGAUUGGUCACGUCGACUCUGGUAAGUCAACUACCACCGGUCAUUUGAUUUACAAAUGUGGCGGCAUUGAUAAGCGUACGAUUGAGAAAUUCGAGAAGGAAGCCCAAGAAAUGGGCAAAGGUUCCUUCAAGUAUGCCUGGGUUCUGGACAAGCUGAAGGCUGAACGUGAGCGUGGCAUUACCAUUGACAUUGCUUUGUGGAAAUUUGAAACGCAAAAAUAUUAUGUGACCAUCAUUGAUGCGCCCGGACAUCGUGAUUUCAUUAAAAACAUGAUUACCGGUACUUCUCAGGCCGAUUGUGCUGUGUUGAUUGUUGCCGCCGGUACGGGUGAAUUUGAAGCCGGUAUUUCGAAGAAUGGCCAAACGCGUGAACAUGCUCUGCUUGCAUUCACUUUGGGUGUUAAGCAAUUGAUUGUUGGCGUAAAUAAGAUGGACUCCACUGAGCCGCCAUAUAGCGAGGCACGUUAUGAGGAAAUCAAAAAAGAGGUAUCGUCUUAUAUUAAAAAGAUUGGCUACAAUCCGGCAUCGGUUGCAUUCGUACCGAUAUCUGGCUGGCAUGGUGAUAAUAUGCUUGAGCCAUCGGAGAAGAUGCCAUGGUUCAAGGGCUGGACGGUUGAACGUAAGGAGGGUAAAGUGGAGGGCAAAUGUUUGAUUGAUGCGCUGGACGCAAUUAUGCCACCGCAGCGGCCCACCGACAAGCCAUUGCGUUUACCAUUGCAGGAUGUCUACAAGAUUGGUGGCAUCGGCACGGUGCCAGUAGGACGUGUGGAAACGGGUAUACUCAAGCCAGGUAUGGUGGUGAAUUUCGCUCCAGUCAACUUGGUAACUGAAGUAAAAUCCGUUGAGAUGCAUCACGAAGCACUGUCUGAAGCCAUGCCCGGUGACAAUGUCGGCUUUAAUGUUAAGAACGUGUCGGUGAAGGAACUGCGUCGUGGUUAUGUAGCCGGAGAUUCUAAAAAUUGCCCACCCAAAGGUGCCGCUGAUUUUACUGCUCAGGUGAUUGUACUUAAUCAUCCUGGUCAGAUAGCUAACGGCUAUACACCGGUAUUGGAUUGUCACACCGCUCAUAUUGCUUGCAAAUUUGCCGAAAUUAAGGAAAAAUGUGAUCGUCGUACUGGCAAGACUACCGAAACCGAUCCGAAGGCCAUUAAGUCUGGUGAUGCGGCCAUUAUAAUGUUGGUGCCAACUAAACCGUUAUGCGUUGAAAGUUUCCAAGAGUUUCCGCCGUUGGGGCGUUUCGCUGUACGCGAUAUGAGGCAAACGGUCGCUGUGGGGGUCAUUAAGUCUGUCACCUUUAAAGAAACAACCUCGGGUAAAGUCACAAAAGCCGCCGAGAAGGCACAGAAGAAGAAAUAACUAGAGUGCCAGCAGAAAUAUAAAUCACAACAGCAACCAAUUAUUAUGCAAAUACAGCAAAUACAACAACAAUUCGUAUUCUUACUAUCAUCAUCAUCAUCAUCAUCAGCAGCAGCAGCAGCAGCAGCAUCAUCAUCAUCGUCGUCGUCGACACUAGUGUUGUUGUCCAUCAAGUUGUUGUCAAAAUGGUGGUGGCGAACAACAUCAACAACCGUUAAAGCAACAACAGUGAAAUUUAUUCAUAAAUCUCAAAAGAAACAAUUUAAUAAGCAUAAAUUUAAAAGAAUACUACAAUUUACUACUAUUAACAAAAAUAUGAAUAUGAAUAUGAAUAUGAUAAGCAAUUAUUAUGAUAGUACAGCUAUGACAUUCAAUGUGAGCGAAAACAAAACCAAAAACCAAAACAAAAGCAUCUACAUAAACGAAAACUACGAUAACACAAACAACACACACAACACCAACUCUGCUACAAUUAGCAAUGCAACACCACCACCAACACAACCACCAACAAACACAAAUUCAACAUGUGCAUUGACUUCACCAUUCAACUCGGCCCAGUCAAGAGUGAUUGCAUCAUUCCCUACGCAAGUAGCCAAUAACCAAAUAAAAGACACGGAAAACGUAAAAAUCAAAAGAAACACAACAAUAAAAACACAAAUUAAUCAAAGCACAAUCACACCCACAACCACACCACAACCUACCAUGGAGCAUACUAACACUACUGCAAAUAAUACGGUAGUUUCUUCCAUACUAACUGCAGCCACACGCGACGCUAUUCCCUUUGCGAUCAAUUAUAAAUUGAUUAUAAUAUUAUUUUCAAUUGUACACUAUAUUUAUAUCUUUCUCAAUCUAUACCGUCAUCGUAAAUCAUUUCGCAGGAAAUCAAACUGCAACACAAUUUUAACAAAUAUCGCCAAGCAAUCAUACGAAGCGCGCAACCCCCACAUCAAAACACUUACAACAAAGUGGUCAUACAUUUUAUAAUUAAACCGCUUACUUAAUAGUAGAAGCGAAUGAUGAAGGCUCAAAAUUUUGUCAAUUCUCGCUGGCAAUGGAGUCGUCAUCAUCAUCAUCGUCAUCAUCAUCA